AUGUCUCAAUAUUUGCCUGUAGGAAAUACGCUGAAAUCGGCCUGGAUUCGUGAUCGCCAAGAUCUCGACAACCACCGGACGACCGAGACGCUUCCUGAGCGUUGCGAUGUAGUGAUUAUCGGCGCUGGAUACGCUGGUGCGGCUACUGCUUACCACCUAGUGAAGGACUGUCCGAACAUAUCAUCAAUAGCAGUUCUUGAAGCAAGAGAAACUUGUUCUGGGGCUACGGGGCGAAACGGAGGACAUCUACGACCAGAUCUCUAUGGCCACAUUCCGACCUAUGUCGAUCGUUAUGGAGUCAAGCUCGCAACCGAGAUUGCGGAAUUUGAGAUCGCAAAUAUGUGGGCUAUCAAGGACACCAUCGAGCAGGAGAAGAUCGACUGCGAUCUUGUCUUACAGAGAUCAAUCGACGUUUGGUGCAACGAAGAUGCGGCCAACAAGGCCAGCGAGACGUACCAGAAGAUGCGUGCUUACAACCUUAGCUACAUGAAGGACGUCUUCUUCACUAGGGAUCCCAAGACAGCGGAAGGGUAUUCCGGUGUUAAAGGUGCCAAAGCUGCGGCAUCCUUUACAGCUGGCAGCAUGUGGCCAGCCAAAUUUAUUCAAGGCUUGUUAAGGAUUUGCCUCGCAUCUGGAAAUGUCAACCUACAAACAAAUACUCCUGUCAUGCAAAUCGAGGAAGACUCUGGACAGGGCCAUAAAAUUCACACUACUCGAGGAAUUAUACUUGCCUCCCGAGUAAUUCAUGCCACGAACGGUUAUGUAUCAAGUCUUCUACCUCAGUAUCAACGCAACAUUAUCCCAUGCAAAGGCAUAUGUUGCGAGAUUGCGGUGCCGACCGGGUCUGAAUCUCCCGCACCAUUAUUAAACAACACAUACAUCAUCCGUGAUGAAGAAAGAGUCCUAUCCUACCUCAUUCCAAGGACGAAUGGCAGCAUUAUUGUAGGCGGUGGUGCAGCCAAGUUUGCUCCUUUCAGAGAGCAAUGGUACCGAAACGUGGAUGACAGUAUACUGAUCGACGCUGCAAAAGACUUCUACGCAGGCUUCAUGCAACGUACAUAUCGUGAUUGGGAGCGUUCUACCGCAUGCAUUACUGAUAUCUGGACUGGGGUAAUGGGCUACUCAUUUGACUCGCAUCCACACAUUGGCACAGUCCCUGGCCAUAAGGGCCAAUUCAUCAAUGCCGGAUUUAAUGGGCAUGGCAUGCCCCUGAUCUGGCUUGGAUCCAAGGGUCUGGCGCGAUUGGUCUCCGCUGAUUUCAAAGGGGAGCAAAUAUCCUUCGGGGAGAGCGGCAUUCCUCUAAUCUUCGAAGCUACCCAAGCUCGCAUCGAUCGUGCCAACAACAAUAAGGAAGAAGAUGGGGAUAUCCUGGGCAAUGGGCAGAUCUUUCUGCCAAAAUCGACCAACCCUACGUUGGUUGUGGAUCUCCAAAAGAGCGUCACACCAUACGCACAGGCUUCGUAG